GUCUGAUCGAGGAGAUGAUUGGCCGCCUGCAGUCGGAAGCCCAUGCAGAAGCAGAUCAUCAGGCUUUCUGCGACAAGGAGAUGUCGCUGGCUUCGGUGAAGCGUGACGAUAAACAAUCAGAUGUUGACAAGCUUUCGACGAAGAUGGAAAAAGCGAGGUCAGAGCUUACGCUUUUGUCACAACAGUCUUCGAGACUGCGACAGGAACUAGCUGACCUCGCGCAGUCAAGCGCUGAACUGGACAAGGUCCGGCAGGAGGAGAAAGUCUUGUUUGAGAAAGCGCACAAAGACACGCAGGAGGGCUUGGAGGGUCUACGAAUGGCUUUGCAGGUGUUGAGAACGUUUUAUGCAAAAAUCGGUGGCUCCACAG